AUGGAUGCUAAUUUGGCCAAGUCUUUUUGGUAUUCUCCGGAGGUGGGUUUUUCUUAUUCCAAUUUGCUUGGUAGGUCGGGAGGAUUGCUCAUUUUAUGGAAUGAUAAAGUGGAGGUGGUUAAUAGUUUUAAAGGAGAGGGUUACUUAGGUAUAAAAGCUUGUUGGGAGAAUAAGUGUUAUUAUGUGAUUAAUGUGUAUUCGCCUUGUCUUUUGAUCAAAAAGAUUGCGUUAUGGAAGAAGUUGCUUGAGCUAAAGGAGACUUUUAAGGAUGGGGAAUGGAUUAUGGGAGGGAAUUUCAACGUGAUUAAAAACACUAGAGAAAGGAAGGGGCAAGGGGUGUACGUGCAUAAAAGAGAUAUGGAUCUAUUUUCGGAGUUUAUUGAUAGAAGCGCGUUGGUGAACAUUCCUUGCAAAGGAAAAAAGUUCUCUUGGUUUAGCGGGGACGGGAAGUCUAUGAGUAAAAUCCAUCACUUUAUCGUGUCCAACGAUGUGGUGACUAGAUGGGAGAUUAUGGGUCAAUUUAUUGGUGAUAGGGAUAUUUCGGAUCAUUGUCCUAUAUGGAUUUUGAAAGACCAAAGGAAUCGGGGACCAAAACCAUUUAAAUUCAACAAUGAAUGGUUUAGCUUCGAUUCUUUUAUUCCUUUUGUGGAGAAAGAAUGGAAAAGCCUUAAGGUGGAAGGAAGAGGAGAUUUCGUGUUAAAGGAAAAACUAAGGCUUCUAAAAGAUAAGUUAAGGAUUUGGAACAAGGAUGUGUUUGGUAGAAUUGACUUGGAGAUGGAGGACGGUGCUAGCAAGAUGAAUUUGGCCGACGACAAAUUAGCCUCCGACGAUUAUUUCAACUUUGAUAGCACUAUGGAGUUUAGAAAGGAAGCGAGUAAAGAUUUCUUCAAUUUCUUCAACUAUUUUUUUGGAGGGAGUUCUUUGUCAAAGGCUAUUACUUCGUCUUUUUUUACUCUUAUUCCAAAGAAACAUAAUCCUUUGGGAUUGGAUGAUUCUAGGCCCAUUUGCUUGGUGGGUUGUAUUUAUAAAGUGGCGGCUAAACUUUUGGCGGGGAGACUUAAAAAGGUGCUAAACUCUAUCAUUUCUUCUUGUCAAACCGCGUUUGUUCCCGGAAGACAAUUGCUUGAUGGGGUGAUUGUAGCGAAUGAGGUGGUUGAUUAUGCUAGGAAGGCGGGUAGUAAUUGUACCCUUUUCAAAGUUGACUUCGAAAAGGCGUACGAUAAGGUGAGUUGGACUUUUCUUCAUUUUAUGUUCAAAGCGAUGGGGUUCGGAAGGAGAUGGAUAAAGUGGAUGGAAUUAUUGGUGUUUAAGAGCGAUAUGUCGGUGCUUGUGAAUGGGAGCUCUUCGAAAGAAUUCGGUGUUUAUAGAGGGUUGAGACAAGGAGAUCCUAUUUCUCCUUUUCUUUUUGUUUUGGUAGCAGAAGCGCUCACGGCCUUGGUGAGAAAAUCUAUUGAGUUAGGGGACUUCGAAUCUUUUGUUCUCGAAGGAAAGUGUAGGGUGGACAUCCUUCAAUUUGCGGAAGACACUUUAUUGGUGGGGGACGGUAGUUGGAAGCAUAUUCGGUCGAUUAAGGCGGUUCUUAGAGCCUUUGAACUUGUGUCGGGCCUUGGGAUUAAUUAUCACAAAACGGCAUCCCACUUUUUGUCUUGUAAAAUUGAGGAAAUCAAGUUUAUCUUCCUUGGCAUUCCGAUUGGUCACAAUCCAAGGUUGGAAUCUACUUGGGAUCCUCUUUUGAACAAGACGAAGGCUAGAUUGGAAGGUUGGACUAAUCGCUUCUUGAAUUUAGGAGGUAUGAUUACUCUUUUGAAGUCGGUUCUAAGUUCUCUCUCCAUUUUCACUAUGUCCUUUUAUAAAAUGCCGUUGAAGGUGGUGAAGAAAUUUAAUAGCUUGCAAAGUAAAUUCCUUUGGGGAGGAUUAGAGGAGAAAAGAAAGAUUCAUUGGGUGCGGUGGAAAGAUUUAUCUCUUCACAUAGAGAAAGGUGGUUUAAGAGUUAAGGAUAUCGCGUUGUUCAAUAUUUCUCUUCUUAACAAGUGGAGGUGGCGAAUAUUACAAGGUCGAUCUUCUCUUUGGCUAGAUGUCUUGAAAGCCCGUGCUUCUUCAUCUUUUUCUUCGAUUUGGUGGAGAGAUUUGGUUAAGAUUAGUUCUUCUUUUCAUGUGGAUCCUAUGGUAGAAAAGGUUAAAUUUAACAUUCACAAUGGGUUUCACACGCCGUUUUGGGAAACUUCUUGGUUGGAAGGGAUUCCUUUGAAAGAGGAGUUCCCUGAUUUGUAUUUAAACUCUAAUUUGAAGGGUGUUUCGCUGGCGGGAAUGGGGGGUGGAAAGAAGGUGCUUGGUGUUGGGGUGAUUUUGGUUUAA